AAAUUUACCACUUACAUUUUCCGCUACUUGCUGUUACGCACGCGAUUUCUACAUUUACAGAACAGACCGAGCCUUUUUUUCUUUUUCUUUUUUUAUAUUUAUUUAUUUAUUUUUGCUGAGUUUCUAAUUUUGGGAAUCUGGUAGAGAAAUGGCAGUUUCUAGUGAUUCUCAGAUGAAGAUCGUCAAUGGCGACGCUGGUUAUGUCCUCGAAGACGUCCCUCAUCUUACGGAUUACAUCCCCGAUCUCCCUACUUAUCCUAAUCCAUUGCGAUCCAAUCCUGCGUAUUCAGUUGUCAAGCAAUAUUUUGUUCAUGUGGAUGACACUGUUCCUCAAAAGGUUGUUGUCCACAAGGAUGGUCCAAGAGGGAUCCAUUUUCGCCGAGCAGGACCACGCCAGAAGGUGUAUUUUGAGUCUGAUGAAGUGCACGCUUGUAUCGUGACAUGCGGUGGUUUGUGCCCCGGACUAAACACAGUGAUUAGGGAAAUUGUUUGCGGCCUUUAUAACAUGUAUGGGGUUAACAAGAUUCUCGGGAUAGAUGGAGGAUAUAGAGGCUUCUAUUCUAAAAAUACGGUUACUUUAACGCCCAAAGUUGUGAAUGACAUCCAUAAACGUGGUGGUACCAUUCUUGGGACAUCACGGGGUGGCUACGACACCUCGAAGAUAGUUGAUAGCAUUGAGGAUCGUGGGAUAAAUCAGGUUUACAUAAUUGGAGGUGAUGGAACACAAAAAGGAGUAGCUGUUAUAUUUGAGGAAAUUAGACGGCGGGGCCUCAAAGUUGCUGUUCUAGGAAUUCCUAAGACCAUAGAUAAUGAUAUUCCAGUUAUUGACAAGUCCUUUGGCUUUGAUACUGCUGUUGAGGAGGCUCAACGUGCAAUUAAUGCAGCGCAUGUUGAAGCUGAAAGUAUCGAGAAUGGUAUUGGUGUUGUAAAGCUGAUGGGCCGGUACAGUGGUUUCAUAGCUAUGUAUGCUACUCUUGCGAGCCGAGACGUCGAUUGUUGUUUGAUACCAGAGUCUCCGUUCUAUCUUGAAGGAAAAGGUGGGCUUUUUGAAUUCAUAGAGAAACGACUCAAAGAAAACGGGCAUAUGGUUAUUGUGAUUGCUGAGGGAGCAGGACAAGAACUUCUUUCAGAGAGUUUGGAAUCCAUGAAGCAAGAUGCUUCAGGAAAUAAGCUUCUGCCAGAUGUUGGACUGUGGUUAUCUCAAAGGAUAAAGGAUCAUUUCUCAAAACAGCGUAAUUUUGCCAUUAAUCUCAAAUACAUAGAUCCUACAUACAUGAUCCGGGCCAUUCCGAGCAAUGCAUCUGACAAUGUCUACUGCACGCUCCUUGCUCAAAGUGCAGUUCAUGGAGCAAUGGCAGGGUACACUGGCUUCACAAGUGGGCUUGUAAAUGGAAGACAGACAUACAUUCCUUUCCAUCGUAUCACCGAGAGGCAGAACAAGGUCGUGAUUACUGACAGGAUGUGGGCGAGGCUUCUAUCUUCUACCAACCAGCCUAGCUUUCCAAAUCCCAAAGAGCUCGCUGAAGCCAAGAAGGAAAGUGAAGCCCCAACUCAGUUGUUAGAUGGAGAAAAUAAGGAAGAUCAGUCUGUAAAAAAGACAUUCCUAGCUUGACAUAAACUAUCAAAGUUCCCAGUUUUUGGCUCGAUGCGGUUAGAGGGAACACGUGCUUAUUUAUUGUAUCAGAACAUCUUCAUCUGAUGAAGUUGUAUUAAUCAAUAAGCACUCUUGAUUGACUUGGCACAUAAAAGAUGUUACGUAUGUUUUGGUUUGCUUCCCAGUUUUUGGUCUUUUGUGGUGACGUUAUGUCGCUUUAUUUCGACAUCUUUGUAAGAGAACAAACACCUACACAGUCACACUUCU